UUACGGCUCGGAAGGUUCGGCAAUCACUAGUCUGCAACUGUAGGGCUUCUGCAAAACCCUAACCUCUUCCAAAUCCGGGGUUCUUCUGCUCCAUCGUUUUCUCAUCUUCCACAAAGGUAAUUGUCCGCCAACUUUCCAUAACAUAACUCAAGCAUGGCUUUGCCGUUUACAUCUUCCAAGAGACCUUUUGAACGCCAUCCUAAUGAGCCAAAUGGAAGAAAGUGGCAAAAGACUUCUCCAUCUGUUUCUCUGCCAAGUCAAUUCAAAGUACCACCAGGGUCUGUAGUUUUCCGUGUGCUGUGCCCUUCUUCAAAGUCUGGAGGUGUGAUUGGUAAAGGAGGUGGCAUUGUUGCAAAAAUACGCCACGAGACAGGUGCAAGAAUAAAACUUGAAGAACUUGUUUCUGGCUGUGAUGAGAGAGUUGUAUCUAUAAGUGGUCCUGCAAAAGAUUCUGAUUUUAGAAAUGUCCCAAACAAGCUAGAUGAUAGUGAUAGCAAUGUUGAUGGCGGUGAGGAUGGUAAGGCUACUGCAGAGGAUGGCAAAGAAAAGGAGGAUUCUUCCAUUACUGAAGAUUCAAAGUCAAUGAAGGCAACAUCUUCAGUUCAAAAGGCUUUGCUGCUCAUCUUUGAGAGAAUAAUUGAAGGUGAGAAAGAGAAUGAUGAUGCAGAUGAGGCUAAUGGGAAACUUCCUCCAUCUAUAAGAUUGCUGGUUUUCUCCAACCAAGUUGGCUGUCUUUUGGGAAAGGGCGGAAGUGUGAUCAAGCAGAUGUCGGCUGAUAGUGGGGCCCAUAUCCGCAUACUUCCCAGGGACAAGCUUCCUUUAUGCGCAUUACCACAUGAUGAAAUUGUGCAGAUCACUGGAAGCGUUGUCUCUAUAAGGAAAGCUCUCCAAUCAGUUUCUCAGCAUCUCAUGGAGAAUCCACCACGCGAUCGUGAUUUCCCUGGAGAAAAUCCUCCUGGAUCAUCGUCACAUCCAUAUGCUCCUAAUCCUCGUCCGGAGUCUUUUAACACAACAAAUUAUCACAUGCCCAUUCAAGGGCCACCUUUUUCUAACAGGGCACCAUUUGAUGCUCCUGACAUUUCGUCCUUUCCUAAGUUUCAUGAAGGUCCUAUACCAGGACAGAUGCCUGUUGCUCCAGAGGUUCUUAUCUUUCGAUUGUUGUGUUCCAUUGAUAAGGUUGGAAGUGUGAUUGGGAAGGGAGGUAAUACUGUAAGGAACCUCCAGCAUGAAACUGGCUGUGAGAUUAAAGUCCAGGAGACAUCUGCUGAGACAGAGAAUCGCAUUAUAGUCAUUUCUGGUCCCGCGCUCCCAGGUGAUAGAAUAUCCCCAUCACAGGAUGCACUUCUUCGUGUCCUGCAUAGAAUCUUUAUACCAGCUUCUGAGAGUAAAGACAAUACUGUCUCGGCUAGGCUUAGUGUCACGGCUAAGCUUCUUGUUACUCCCAAUCAAACAGGUUGUCUUCUUGGAAAAGGUGGUUCCAUAAUAGCAGAAAUGAGGAAACUUUCUGGAGCCUACAUUCGUGUUUUGAGUAAGGAUCAGGUCCCAAAGGGUUUGUCAGAAAAUGAAGAAAUUGUUCAAGUAAUUGGUGAAUUUGGAAUUGUUCAGGAAGCACUUUUGCAAAUAACUGCCAGGCUCAGAGGUCAUCUUUUUCGUGAUAAAACCUCUGCUUUGAACCGUUCCACCCAUCCAGCUUUUCUAGAUCAGAUGCCUCCGUUUGGUUCGUACAUGGGGAGGGAACCUUCACCUCCAAGAUUGUAUGGUGGUCUCCCUCCAUUCCAGAAAGAUGUUGGUGCUCGUGCGCAUGAGGAUAGAUCUGCUUUCGCUCACCCAAUUCAUGGCUCAGGUGUUUCUCCUCUUGGAGCAGAAAGAGUACCUCCGGCACCAUGGACACCCCAGGGCAUGAGAGAAGGUGUUGGACCAAUGCCUAUUCCUGAUUUUGCAGGAGCGCCUUCCAGAAGAAUUGGUGGUUUCCCAGGAGGAAACCAGUCAGCUUUAGCUACUCAUACAACAGUGGAUGUUGUUGUUCCUAGAGCCCUUGUUCCUUCCAUUUAUGGAGAGGAUGGUGGCUGCUUAAGGCGGAUUCGUGAGAUAUCAGAAGCCAAAAUAACCAUCACUGAGCCUAGACCUGAAGCAAAGGAAACUGUCAUUUUAAUAUCUGGAACUCCUGAACAAACCCAUGCUGCACAGAGUCUUCUUCAAGCAUUUGUACUUAGUGAAACGGCUGCACCGUGAUUUUUCUCUACAUGAAGCUGAAGACGGAAUGGUUGACUUGAUGAGCAUAUAUGAUUUUGCAGAUUAGGUUUUAGGCUCAGAUCAGUGGAAACUUUUCUAGCGAGAUUUUUGAUUUUGCUGAUGCAUAUAUUCCAUGGAAGCAACCACAAACUGUUCAUGCAAACAUCUGGUCCCAACAAUUCUUGAAAUCUUCUUGUACUGAAGUUCUUGUUUAGUUAUGUUUAUGUCGAACUAUUAAUCUGGAAAGUUGUAUGCAUGAUACCACCUAUGAUCUCAAAUUUUUGCUAUCUCGAUUACUCCUUUUCUGCAAGUUUAUAAGAGAUGGUCUGGCAUUGGAGGUAUUUCUAAUGAUUUUAUGUUAUUUUUUAUACUUACACAAUUAGUUUUCUUUAGUUAGAAUUCUAAAUUUUAUGUUGCUUU